AUGAGUGCCGGAGCGGGUGGACUUGGAUUCUCGCUGUCCGAUGGUCAACCACCGUUGGCGGCAGGUUCCGCAGGCGUGGAUCCUGAUGAUGAUCCGCAUCAUUCCUUUCACCACGGGAUGCACAUGUCGGUGUCACCGCAUCAUCACCACCUCGGUGUCGGGUUGGUGGAUUGUGUGGCCACCGACGCUGGUGGUAGCGGAUGUGGUGCCGAUCGGGAAGAUUCCACCGGGUUUCUUUCGGUUGCGAGUGCUUCUACUGUCGGCAAUGGUGCCGCAAUGAGCGUUGGGAACUAUUGUCUCGGUGCAGGAGUCACAACUGGCGGUGCGACGGGUGCGAGCGAUGGCGGCGAUGAGACUGGCCUGGAUGGAAUGUCGACGGACGGUGGAGAUCGUGGCGGUUUAAGAUCGAACGAUCGAUCCGGUGCGUCGUCAUCAUCCGCUAUCACGGCAGCAGCUCGAACGGCAGCCGCUGCAGCUGCAGCCGUUGUGGCCGCCUCGAACCACCAUCAUCAUCAUCAUCAUCUGCAGCAGCAUCAUCAUCCACCGGUCGAGCUGCCGUAUCAUCACCAUCAUCGUCGCGCGUUACCCAUCGAUAUAUCGGCGCUGUAG